UCACCAUUUAUGAUCAGUUAUCGAGCAAUAAAUCCCACAAUUAAGUUUCAAUUCGUUAGUUGAAGAAAUUGUGUAAAACCCGCAACUAAAUAAAUAUGACUCGUCUUUUCCGAUCCAGGUCUUGCACAGUUACCGGCUUAAUUGCUGUCAAAUCAAUGCCGCCAGAAAAACCCUCCUCCCCAAAUAGCCCCUCCGUUUAUGGAGACGAAGAGCCGGAGGAAGACAAGGAAGAGGGAUAUUUCGGGGAUUUCUUUAGUGAUGAGGAGUUUGAGAAUCCUGUUACGACGCCGUUUAUAAGCCCGGAGAGGAGGCAUGGGCGUUGGGUCAAGGGACAAGGCCGAAAUGAGCAUAAUAAUAAUAAUAAUAAUCAGCAGUUCUCGGUCCUGGCGAUGGUGGCGACGGCGCUGCGGCGGUCUCUGGUUUCUUGCAGUGUUGAUAGGGAUCACGUGGCGUCUGAUGUGGACAUCGGGUGGCCUACCGACGUCCGACAUGUCUCACAUGUCACCUUCGACCGCUUCAAUGGCUUCCUUGGACUUCCGGUAGAGCUCCAGCCGGACAUCCCCCGUACAACCCCCAGCGCCAGUGCAAGUGUUUUUGGAGUUUCUGCACAAUCAAUGCAGUGUUCUUAUGAUGAUAGAGGGAAUAGUGUACCAACAAUUCUUCUUAGGAUGCAAAACCAGUUGUAUUCAGAAGGCGGUCUUCAAGCAGAAGGAAUAUUCCGUAUCAAUGCCGAGAACAGUCGAGAAGAAAUUGUCCGAACCCAGCUUAAUAAUGGGGUUGUGCCCUGUGGAGUUGAUGUUCAUUGUUUGGCUGGGUUGAUAAAGGCUUGGUUUAGAGAACUACCAACUGGAGUUCUCGAUUCUCUGACCCCAGAACAGGUGAUGCAUUGCAACACCGAAGAAGAGUGCUCCCAGCUUGUAAAGCUGCUUCCACCAACUGAAGCUGCAUUGCUUGAUUGGGCUAUCAACUUGAUGGCCGAUUUCGUGCAAAAUGAACAUCUAAAUAAGAUGAAUGCACGCAACAUUGCUAUGGUUUUUGCUCCCAAUAUGACUCAGAUUCUUGUAAUUGGGGGUCAUGACUAUUUUUCAAGACAAGUUAUUGUAUCAGACGAAAUAAGGAGGAAAUGGCAUUUUUAACACUUCUGUUAU